AUGAAGGAUGGAAGUACCAAUAUCCAUCUAUUCUGGUCUGAAGGACCCAGUUGUACUAGAAACUUGACAUGUGAGAUGUCUAAUCAGACCUAUUUCGUCGUUGGCUGGGAGGAUACUGAAAUUCCAACUCGCCCUCAUCCACCGAGUUCUUCUAUGUGGAUAAAUGCUGAAAACAGAGACGUUGGAAGAACUGGAAAGUUUGUGAAUCUCAUGGAAUUAUUUGGAAUUGUGUGUGAAGAUAUGAAAUGGUACAUUACAAAAUAUCCAUUUGGAGUUGAAUACCAACUACCGGACACAUGGGAAACAGCACAUAUCAAUGCAUCGGAAUUGGCUUGCAAAUUAUAUAAAACAGCAAUUAGCGGGUUUUAUUGUGAUGGAGAGCCAGCCGAUUACUUCAGCAAAUAA